AUGGCUUCCCCACAGCAAAUCAACAAUCUUCAGAAUUCUUUUCAAUCGGCCGUGAACUUGGGCGGAUCGCCAGGUAUCGUGUCGACCUCGCCCACGCAGUCGUUUAUGAGCUCGGUGCCACGCAGAGUGAGUGCUUCGAGACAGACUAAAGCUUUGAAGCCUUUCUCGACUGGCGACAUCAAGAUCUUGUUGCUGGAAAAUGUGAACCAGACCGCAGUGGAAAUCUUCAACGGUCAAGGCUACCAGGUGGAGUUCCACAAAUCGUCUUUGAGUGAAGACGAACUAAUCGAGAAAAUCAGGGAUGUGCACGCAGUCGGUAUCAGAUCCAAGACCAGAUUGACGGAGAAGGUAUUGAAGCACGCUAAGAACCUUGUGGUCAUCGGAUGCUUCUGUAUUGGUACCAACCAGGUUGACCUCGACUACGCGGCCAAGAUUGGAGUUGCUGUUUUCAACUCGCCUUUCUCCAACUCCAGAUCAGUUGCUGAGCUUAUUAUGGCUGAGGUCAUCUCCUUGGCUAGACAACUUGGCGACAGAUCUAUUGAAAUGCACACCGGUACCUGGAACAAGGUUGCUUCCAAGUGUUGGGAGGUCAGAGGCAAGACGUUAGGAAUCAUCGGAUAUGGUCACAUUGGUUCUCAGUUGUCUGUUUUGGCUGAGGCGUUUGGUAUGCAGGUGUUGUACUACGAUAUCGUGACCAUUAUGGCUUUGGGUACUGCUAAGCAAGUUUCUACUCUGGACAAGCUGCUCAGUGAGUCGGACUUUGUUACCUGUCAUGUUCCUGCUACCGAGGACACCAAGAACCUCUUAUCCGCUCCACAGUUUGCAGCCAUGAAGGAUGGGUCUUACGUGCUGAACGCUUCUAGAGGUACAGUCAUUGACAUUCCAUCCUUGAUUCAGGCCAUCAAGGCCGGCAAGAUCGCAGGCACUGCCCUUGACGUUUACCCUCACGAACCCGCCAAGAACGGUGCCGGCGCCUUUAACGAUGAGCUAAACAGUUGGAUUUCUGAGCUGGUCUCUUUGCCAAAUGUCAUCCUGACACCACAUAUUGGUGGUUCCACCGAGGAGGCUCAAAGCGCUAUCGGUAUCGAAGUUGCCACUAAUUUGUCCAAGUACAUUAACGAGGGUGCGUCUGUUGGAUCAGUGAACUUCCCAGAGGUCUCUCUGAGAGGUUUGGACCUGGAUCAAGAAAACGUCGUGCGUGUUUUGUACAUUCACCACAAUGUGCCAGGUGUUUUGAAGACAGUCAACAACAUUUUGUCGAACCACAACAUUGAGAAGCAGUUCUCCGACUCCAGCGGUGACAUUGCGUACUUGAUGGCAGACAUUUCCUCGGUAAAUCAAAGCGAUAUCAAGGAUAUCUACGACCAAUUGAACGCAACCGAAUACAAGAUCUCUAUCAGGCUGCUGUAUUAG